CCGUGGCGUGAACGGGGUGGUGGGGCGUGGAGGCGACCGCAGCGUCUGCAACGGCGGCGGUAUAAGUGCCGGCCACCAAACAUUUCCAAACGCACUCGCGUACCAAACACUUCGUCUAGUCGCUUCGGUGCUCCUCUUCGCGCUAUCUCUUUUCUUUUUUUUUCUCUCUCUCUCUAUCUGUCUCUGUCUCUGUCUCUGUCUCUACUACAUCAUCUCUGUCCGUCUGUCUGUCUGUCUGUCUGUCUUCCCGUCCGCGUUUAUAAGUUCUAAUUUUUUUUCCUUAAUUCGACAAUUUUUUAUUCAUUGUUUUUUUUAAUUUUUUUUUCCUACCCCCCCCCCCUUGUUCCCGCUGGACUACCGCGAUUUGUUCGUAUUUAGACGCAAAAGUGCGAUUAGACAUUGUUGUUUUCCGAGGAAGACGACGUACAAAAAUACAUUGUAAAAUUUAAAAAAAAGAAAAAAUCGUACGAGUUUGAAUCCGUUUCGCGGUGCAAGUAGUAUUAAUAUAUUGUCAUCAUUACCGCGACUAUACAAAUAUAUACAGUUAUAAUACCAUAUCCGUUGCCGCGACCGAAUAUACCGCCGGCCCGAAGAAUCUCGGAUGACGGUUGGCCAUGCCCCGGUGCCUGAUGCCCAAGAAGUGGAAGACCGCCGUGGCCAACGAGUGUUCGUGGGACUACGACAGCAGGCGGCCGUCGUCACCGCCGCAGCCACAGCAGCAAACAAAGAACACCGGUCCGCAAUGGGAACCACCGGUGACGGUGCUCUUGCACCACCAUCAGCACCACCACCAUCAGCAGCAUCACGCGUGGGGACCGUCUAGCCCGCCAGCCGGAGCCACCGCGCCAAGCCCGCCACCGUGUUGCACUGGCACAGCGUUUCACUAUCUCACAGAGUAUGCGGGAACCGUUAAAAGCGAGUACCCGACGGCCGCCGACGCGCAGGCGCCGCAGUCGGUGGUCGCCGCCAUGCCGUCCGCGCGCGAACACCAUCAUCAGCAACAGCCGCCACCGCCGCCGACGCCUGCCACCGCCACGCCGGUGCUCACCGUACUCCAGUACCAGCGGCCACGUACGUACACUAGUACGGGAGUGGCCCUGUCUUUGCCGCCCAAGAAAAAGGAUAUUUACCGGCCCUAUUCACUGGACGACCACAAGCCGAUAAAGUGGCCGCGGCCCGAGGAGGACAUUAGCGCCGCGCAGGCCAUACUCGACCUGAGCGCAUCGACGCCAGUGGUCGUUUGCCGGCCACCACCACCGCCUCAACAACUGCAACCACCGCCGCCGCCGCCGCCGCAAGACACUCAAGAACUUCUGCCGCCGCCGCCGCCAAAUGCUUCUCUGCAACAACUGACACCGCCACAACAACAACAACAACAACAACAACAACAGCAGCAGCAGCAGCAAUUAGUGCACGUCAUACCGGUGGCUGUCAAACAGCAACCAGCUGAACAACUGCAGCAAUUGCAGCGCCCACCGCCGCCGGCCAUCCCGUUGCCGGUGCCGACCGCCGCGGCCACCAGCAAAACGGUCGCGUACACGUACGAGGCGUUUUUCGUCAGCGACGGCCGAUCGAAACGCAAGUCUUCGGCGGCCGCUGCAGCCGCCGCGUCGGCGUCAUCUUCGUCGGCCUCGGCGAACUCGUCGGCGUCCGGCGACGAGUGCGUCGUCGGCGACAAGUCGUCCGGCGGCGCGGCGGCCGCGAUCGGCGCCGACUUUAGCGCCACAUCGCCCGGCCGACCGUCCAAGUAUACGUGCUCCGAGUGCGGAAAACGGUACGCCACGUCGUCGAACCUGUCUCGGCACAAGCAGACACACCGGAGCCUCGACUCGCAGUCAGCCAAGCGGUGCAACGUGUGCGGUAAACCGUACGUCAGCAUGCCCGCCCUCGCGAUGCACCAGCUGACCCACAAGCUAACGCACGCGUGCGAUGUGUGCGGAAAGAUGUUCAGUCGGCCGUGGCUUCUGCAGGGCCACCUCCGGUCGCACACAGGAGAGAAACCGUACGGAUGCGCGCACUGCGGCAAGGCUUUUGCCGACCGCUCGAACCUGCGCGCGCACAUGCAGACCCACUCCGGCGACAAAAACUUUGCUUGCCCGCGGUGCUUUAAGUCGUUUGCUCUAAAGUCAUACCUGAACAAGCACCUGGAGUCGGCCUGCCUGCCCGUGGCCACCACCGCGGCCGCUCCCGCAUCUCCCUCGUCACUUACGUCGUCGUCGGUGUCGUCGUCGUCGUCGUCCUCGUCGUCGUCCUCGUCUUCAUCGUCGUCGUCGUCGUCGUCGUCGUCGGCCACUGCCGCCGCACAGUCACCAUCGCACCAUCACCCGCCUGCACACUUGCAUCAUCUCCAACCGCAGCAACACCAUCACCAUCACACGACUGCCGCCGAAAUCACCAAUCUCAACCUGUUGCGUCCAACGGUACUGCACACUGCCUAAAUCGGCACGCAUGCGUGUCGGGAAAUCCUGGUCAUUAUUGUAAUUUUUUUUUACCAUAUUAUUAUUAUUUUCAUAACAUUAUAAUAUUAUCAUAUUCUGGUCGUAAGUUAUAGUCAAUUUUUUCGGAAAUCUUUAAACUCUAGUUCAUUUUAUUAUUAUUAAACGGUUAUGGGUGGGUAUAUUAUUUUUAUAGUAUUACAUUAUUUUCACAUUAUACAGACACUAGUCACGAGUUUCUAGUCAAUUUCUAUUCCGCAAAUAAUAUUUAUAUGUUUAUAUAAAUACCUAUAUAUAUAUGUUUUUUUAUCGUCACAAAAUUUCAACACAUAAAUAUUCUAUCGGUUUAAGUUUUUCUUUUCUUUUCUUUAUUCAUUUGCGAAAAGGGGCGUGCAAUAGCGUAUUUUGUUUUGUUGCGGCGUUACAAAGUCAAUUUUUAUUUGAAUAUAUUAUUAUUAUUAUUAUUAUUAAUACUAUUUUAUUUUUAAUCAUAUCAUGUUUUUUUUUCAUCAAGCGGACAUUAUAUUUGCAUGAAAUCUCACAUUAUUAUUAUAGCCUCUAAAUAGUCUUGAAGUUAAAUACAAAUGUGCGGUUGGUUCCUAACCUUGCCCAACCCUGUGUAUAGUAUAUAGUAAUAUUUGCCAGUGGUUGAUUAAUGCGUAUAUACAUAUUAUUAUUAUUAUUUAUAAGCAACGUGUAUUAUUUAAGCACGUUGAAGUGUGCGGUUUUGUUCUUUUUAUACAUAUAUAUUAUAUUGUAUUAUAAUUUUAAUUUUUUUUAAUUUUAAUUGGAUGUAUACACGCGUAUAUGUCAGAGUGUGUGGUCUAGUCAUUUAGAUUAAGUAGAGCUACCACGGGAGUGGUAUGAACUAUAAUAAAAUAUAUAAGAGAAUGCGAUCUCAAAAAAAAAAAAAUUAAAAAAUUAAAAAAUAUUGAAUGUUAAAAAAAAACAACGUAAUUAAUUAUGUUAUACUAUUUUAAUUAUAAAUAAUGUAUCUUGUAAAUAAAACUUAAUAGGCACUAAGUUGUUUUUCGUAUAGUUUAAUAAAUUAUUAAUACAAGACUAAAAUAAUAUGUGGUAAUCAUGUGGUCACUGGUCAUAAUCAUAAUCAUGAUAUAGUUAAUGUUGGGAAAACUCCUAGUAAAUAUUGCAUUUACCCGUGUUUUUGUUCGAAGCCCAAUAUUUGAGAUUAGAUGGAAGAGAUUAGAGUACAAAAACUGAGACACCAAAAAUUGUUUUUUCUAGACUAAAAUAUUAAUUAUGUUACAUAAUAUAGAAUUAAGAAAGUUUUAAUAUAGUGAAAAAGCAAUAACGUAACCAACUCGUCUGCUCAAUAAUGUAAUAAAAUUAGGAACAAAAAGAAAAAUUUAAGAACAAAAAAAAAAAUAAAUAAAAAAUAACAUUAAAAUAAUUAUUAUUAAAAUAUUAUAUUUCUUUUGAAAUUUCGAAUAUUAUUAUAAAUUACAAAUAUUUAUAUUAGACGUACGUUUUAUCUACACGUUAAUAAACACUAUGAUAAUAUACUUUAUUUCGUUUUUGUUUUAUUCUCUUUCUAUAUUGUCUCGGUGUGUAUAUAUAUAUAUAUGUAUAUGUUAUAUAUAUAUAUAUAUAUAUAUAUAUAUAUUAUAUUAUGUAAACCUUUGUAAACUUUAUAUUUUUCGUCCAAAACCCUUGGACUCUCGUGUAAUGUUAAGAUGUUUAACGAUGAUAUACUUUUAAGGAAACUCAUACAUUUAAGUACGUAUUCGAAAAGCAAUAAAAUUGUAGAGGGAGAAACGGGAGCGUGAACGAUAACGCCUUCCGGGAGCCUCUUGUAGAGCGUAGAGCAAUAAUUUUGUGAAACCUAUAGCAAUAUAUUAUAUCAUAAUAUAUUAUUGUGUAUUGUGCAUUUGUAUUCAUUCAUUUAUUUAUAUUAUUUUUUUCAUUUUCAUUUUGAUUCUUAUUUAGAGCUGGGCGGCGGGAGUAGGAUGCUAUUAUACUAUAAUAGUAUUAUUACGGCUCGGAAGUGUAUAUUAUUAGAACGACCGGGAUCCGCGUCCUCCGUUUUGUUUAUAAUAUUUGAAUUUUUUUAAUUUAUCGAAGUAAUUUUUUUCGUACAUUUUUUUUUUAUUAUUAUUAUUAUUAUAACGAUUAUAUAUUAUAUUGUACACCUAUAUAUUAUAUUUAUAUAACAUACGCGCGGCGGUGGUAGCGAUCAUAAUAUUAUUAUAACAGUGUUGCAGCGCAUUAUAGUAUUGGUAUAUAAUGUUAUUAUAUUAUGCAGCCGCGGCGCGUAUAAUAAUAAUAAUGAUGAUAUUUUUGGACAACGUUUUUUCAAUGAUCAAAAAUAAAUAUUGUUUAAAAAAACACAUAGUGGCCUUGACGAAUUCGUUUUUACGACGACAACGUACCCGAAAAUAUAUUAUAAUAUAUAUUAUAGAGAGAGAGAGAAAGAAAGAGAGAGAGAGAUAGAGAAAGAGUAUCAUAUAUAAUUUGGACGAUUAAUGUGAGACCGGAACAGGCGUAUAUCCCAAUACCCGUAGAGGGUAAAUUUUAACAAACACGCACUUAAAUCAAUAUUCAAUGGAAUCAUCUCGGUCCACACACGAUAUCGUCGUCGAUAUAUUCGGACGCAUAAUAACAACACUUUAAUAAUAUAUAUAUUAUGUUAAGUGUUUGUACGAUAUUGCACUAUUGCAGCGGUACCUCUAUGCAAACAGCGUUUUUCUGGCGACAACUUAAUAUUAUAAUAACAUACAGACAAAAUAAUUUGUUAUUUUAUUAUAAUAAUUGCACCCGAAAAAUUUGUUUGAUUUGUUCGAAAUUUUUUUUUCGAUGUGAUCAUGAUUUUUGGGUUUGCCAUAUUAUAAUAACAUGACGUGAUUGAAAAUAUUGUAAGAUCACGAAGUCCAACCGCGUACGAUUGUGUAGUAAAUCGGCAGAGCAAAAGUAUUCAUAUGAUAUUAUAUUAUAGGCGUUAAUAAGUCGUUUAUUUGUAUGUUUUUUUUUUUUUUCAAAUGGGUAGUCCAACUUAGAAUGUAUAAAAAUAUAAAUUAAAAGACGUUUGAAAAUUGUUAUAAACUCACGAUUGAAUAUAUUAAGCUUAAAAAAAAAUAAUAAAAACCAUUAGCCGAAUAUAAUGUUAUAUAUUAUAUUAGGUACAUACAAGAUCGAAACGCAGUAGUUUUGCUCAAUAAUCAUUAUUAUUAUUAUUAUUAUUAUUAUUAUUAUUAUUACGUACGUGUAGAGUUUGUGUAACGAAAAUAUUUUAAACAGAUAUAUUAUAUUAUGAUUGUCCGUGUCGUAUUUGUUUGGGGAAAAUUAUAAAUUAUUAUUGUCAUAGAUUUAACGAUGAAAUUACAAUUUAUUUAUUUAUUUAUUUAUUUGUUUAGUGAUUAUAUUAUUAUUAUAUUAUAUUAAAACUAGUGGCAGCGAACAAUUUUCGCAUACCUAUAUUUUAUUUCGUAGUGUUACGUUCUCAACAAUAUAUAAUAUUAUUAUUAUUAUUGUAUAUUUUCAUAAAUAAAAUUAUUAAAUAGUUGAAAAAAAUAAA